GUAGAAGACUAGUUUUGAAUACUUUCCCGACACACAGGAUAACAAAGAAGACGCACUGACCACUGUGGAUACGGUCCUUCGUGUGAUUUUACGCGUUUCGUUUUGUUUUUCGAGCUUUUGGAGGACUCCAAGUUGAGAAAAAGUUGUUGUUUUUGCACUUUUUUUUGGCCACUGGGAAGUUUAGUGUUGGCUAUUCGGUUCGGUAAAAGGUUCAAAGUAUCUGGGAAUGUAAUAAAAAUCCCCCCCAAGUGCGUUUCCUGAAGUUAGAGCGCACAGCCCGGGAUGACUGCAGCCGCCUCCCGUGGAAAAGACACCAGUCGGAUCCACGCUAUGGGCAACAAAGAGAAGCGCUCAGCAACUACCGGACAAGUUAUUUAGUAACCAGAGAAAAUCCUCUGCGCUUUCACAUUUGGUGGAUCUUUUUUGUUUCCAGAGUUGUGAGGGGGGGAAACGCACAGGAUGGAAAUCUAAAUGAGUCGUGCGCCAAACAAAGAAGGACACCUCCGUGGGACUGAAGCGAAGGGAAAGCCUUGCGAGAAAUGGAGGAGGAAGGAUCACUGGAGCCAAACAACAUUCUGGCAAAGGUCUCCCUUCUGUCGGGCUUCCAGGUCUUGUAACAAAGCCACCCUGCGCCCUGUUUAUUACCGAGACUCCUGUCGCCAAAUGCUGCAGUGUGGUUGUUACCGUGUGUGAGAGAGCGAGAGAGAGAAAAAAAAUGAGGGUGGAUCUGCUGUUUGUGAUUUUGCUGCUGAGCCUCGGCGGCGGCGGCGGAUCAUCUGCCCGCAAACCAUAUGACGAACGCUCGAAAAGCGGUGGGAAAAGCCCGGCGUCCGACCGGAGGGUGGUGCUCAGCAACACGGAGCUCCAUCAGGUGCCGCUCCCGGAGUCGGUGCCCAACGGGACGGUCACACUAAUUUUGAACAACAAUAAGAUUCAAGAGCUCAGAAAUGGAUCCUUCUUCGGAUUGUCAGCUUUGGAAAAAUUGGACCUGCGGAGUAACAUGAUCAGUCGUAUUGAACCGGGAGCUUUCCUCGGCUUGCCGGCGCUGAAGCGACUAGACCUGUCCAACAACAGCAUCGGCUGUCUGAACGUUGACAUCUUCAAGGGCCUCGCCAGUCUGAUCCGGCUAAACCUUUCAGGGAACAUGUUCUCUUCCUUGGCUCAGGGGACUUUCGACAACUUGGUGUCUCUGAAGGCUUUGGAGUUUCAGACGCCUUACCUGCUGUGUGACUGCAACCUUCUGUGGCUGCUGCGUUGGAUCAAAGACAGGAACAUCGCCGUGAAGAACACCAAGUGCUCCUACCCCCAGUCCCUCCAGGGUCAGCUCAUCCCCUUCAUCAGGCCGGAGCUGCUCACCUGCGAUGCUCCACUUGAGCUGCCCUCCUUCCAGCUGACUCCGUCCCAGCGUCAGGUUGUCUUCCAGGGGGACAGCCUGCCAUUCCAGUGUCAGGCUUCCCUCGUGGCCGAGGAUAUGCAGGUGCUGUGGUACCAGAACGGACGCAUGGUCAAGCCAGAUGCCACCCAGGGCAUCUUCAUCGAAAAGCGCGUCGUGCAGAACUGCUCCCUGAUCGCGAGCGCGUUGACCAUCUCGAACAUCCAGCCUGGUUUCACGGGGAACUGGGAGUGUCGGGUGAGGACGAGCAGGGGCAACACCACCAGGACGGUCCACAUCGUGGUGUUGCAAAGCUCCGCCAAGUACUGCGCCCCUGAACGUGUCUCCAACAACAAGGGAGAGUUCAGGUGGCCACGCACCCUUGCAGGAAUCAGAGCCUACCUCCCCUGCAACAGAUUGCCAUCCAGCGCAGGAGCAUAUUCAGGCAGCUCCGGCGAAGAGCAGCGGGCGUGGCGCUACUGCAAUCGUGAGGGCCUUUGGGCGGAGGACGACUACACCCGCUGCGAGUUUCAGAAAGAUGUCACGAGAUUUCUCCACGUCAUCAACCAGAUUCCUUUAAACGAGACCAACGUGGUGACUCGAGCUCGACGCCUGUUCUUCUACACGAUCGACGCCGCCAACUUCUCGGACAAGAUGGACAUCAUCUUUGUGGCCGAGAUGAUCGAGAAGUUCGGCAAGUUCGUGGAGAGGUUCAAAGAACUAGGGGAGGUGAUGGUUAGCAUGGCCAGUAACUUGAUGCUGGCCGACGAGAGGGUCCUGGGGAUGGCUCAGCGUGAGGCGAUGGCCUGCUCCCGCAUCAUCGCCUGCCUCCAGAGGAUCGCCGUCCACCGUCUGGCCACGGCGCAGGCCUUCUCCCUGACGUCCCCCAACAUUGCACUGGAGGCCCACACUGUCAGGGCCAGCGACUGGAACGGCAUGACCUGCAUGCUGUACCUGAGGGCCAGCCCCGAGCGCACGCCCGGCCAGGACCGCCAGUUCACAUUCAAAUGCAACACCACCAGCUCCUUCUCCAGCAUCCUUCACAAGAGCACCAUCGUGGAGGCUUCCCUGCAACUUCCUCAGUCUCUCUUGAGCGAGGCGGCGCUCCCCGGGCAGGCCGACGUCGACACGGUCUACAAGCUCCACCUACUGGGCUUCCGCAACGGCAAGUUUUUUCCCUCCACCGGCAACUCGUCUCAACUGGCCGAUGGAGGGAAGCGGAGGAGUGUGGCCACCCCCGUCAUCAUGGCUAAGAUAGAUGGCAUGUCUCUGCGGGCCUUGAGGAACCCCGUGAACAUCACCCUGCGGCGCUUCGCCCGCGGUUCAGACGCCGUGUCGGCCUGCUGGAACUUCAGCGUGGCCGGAGGUCAGGGAGGGUGGCAGAGCGACGGCUGCCGCAUCCUGGACCAUCAUGACAACUUCACCACCAUAUCCUGCAACUCUCUGGGCAACUACGGCCUGCUUAUGGACCUCAGCAGUGUGGAGUUCUUCUCUCCGAGCAUCCAGCCCCUGCACCCGGUCAUCUACGCCACAACUAUCAUCCUCCUCCUGUGCCUGCUCACCAUUAUUAUCAGUUACAUCUACCAUCACAGGUCUGUCCGUGUGAGCCGGAAGUUUUGGCACAUGUUGGUCAACCUGUGCUUCCACAUCUCCCUCACCUGCGGGGUUUUCGUGGGCGGCAUCAAUCAGACGCGACAUUCGAGCGUCUGCCAGGCGGUGGGCAUUUUACUCCACUAUUCGACCCUGGCGACGGCUCUGUGGGUCGGCGUGACCGCACGCAACAUCUACAAACAGGUGACGCGCAAGGCCAAGCGCUACGAAGAGCUGGACGAGCCGCCGCCACCGCCGCGGCCCAUGCUCAGGUUCUAUUUAAUCGGCGGAGGGAUACCCAUCAUCGUCUGUGGUAUCACUGCAGCAGCUAACAUCAAAAACUACGGCAACCAGACCAAUGCACCAUAUUGCUGGAUGGCGUGGGAGCCGAGUAUCGGCGCCUUUUAUGGCCCGGUGGGAUUCAUCAUCUUCGUGGACUGCAUGUACUUCCUCAGCAUCCUGCUCCAGCUGCGCCGACACCCCGAGCGCCGCUACGAGCUCAAGGAGUCGGCGGAGGAGCAGCAACAUCUGGCCAACAGCGAGGCCAGGCCGGACCCUCCCGGCGGCCUCUGCCACCCCCUCGCCCUGCAGCUCCAGCCCCACGAGGCAUCCUCCUCCAUCGUCUCCGCCCCCCACGCUGUGCCCCUGUCCGCCCUGGAGAACGAGCACACCUUCGCCGCCCAGCUGAUGGGAGCCGCGGGGGCGUUGGGCCUGUACGCGGCCUUGUGGGUGUUUGGCGCCAUGGCCGUGUCGCAGGAACACCCUUUUGACUUGGCGUUCACCUGCCUGUUUGGGGUGACGGCGCUGGCGCUCGGGGCGUUCAUGGUGGCACAUCACUGCGUCAACAGACAAGACAUGAGGCGCUACUGGUCGCAGGCUUGUUGCUCCGGCAGACGAGCGUACUCCGCGCAGGAGGACGUCCUCCUGCCUCAGCCAGGCGUGGCGAUGACAUCCACAGCCGGAUCUGAUAGCAAGGCGGAUGGGGAGUCGGCAAAGUGCGGCCACAGCAGCGCCGACUCUUCCUACACCAACAAAAGUGCCCCGAGCGUGCGUAACUCCACGCACGGCAGCAAGCUGACCAACCUGCACGCCGAGGCAGCUCAGUGUAAGUCCGCCUCAGCGCCGGUGACGGCCAACGGAACGGCCAUAUUGGACAACAGCCUGACCGAGCACUCGCUAGACAAUGAAAUUAAAAUGCACGUGGCGCCCGUCGAGGUGCAGUUCCGCCCCGUGAGCAACAUCAGUAACCCUGCAGCCGCCCCAAACGGACACGCCAGCAGGCAUCACAAAAACAGAGCGCGGGCACACCGAGCGAGUCGGCUGACCGUGUUGCGGGAAUACGCCUACGACGUGCCGACCAGCGUGGACGGCAGCGUGCAGAGCGCCCCCCACAGGCGACACCACCAUUACGACAUGGCGGCUCGCAAUAGCCGACGUGCGGCCUACAUGGCCUACAGAGAGCGGCAUCAGAGCCAGAUGCAGCAGGACAGCAGCGACAGCGCCAGCCUGCCCCGGCGCUCCCGAUACUCGGACAAAGGAGGCGGCGGCGGCUCGCUGGGGAACGGGACGGUGGUGACUGUAGAGACCGAGCCCAUUGCUACCGCCGCAGGGUCGAGCUCAAGUAAAGACUCUGGUCCCGUGAAGCAGCCCGGCAGCACAGAACUAGAAAGCCAGCCGAAGUCAUACGGGCUGAACCUCGUCACCCAGAAUGGUAGCACGCUUAAAGAAAACGGCCAAGCAGUGCCUUUACUCAGCACAGACAGUACAGCCAGCAUAAAGACCGGCUUGUGGAAACAUGAAACUACUGUGUAGCAACAGUUUCCAGCCCCGUAAUAUUAUUCUCACACCUUUAAACUGUGAAAUGUCUUUUUUUUUUUGAUUGUACAUUUUUUUUUGCCCAAAACAGCCUUUAAAAAAAAAAAAUAUUGAAAAACUGGCCUCAUUACUGCCACUGAACUGUCUUUGUAGAUAUGUUUUUGUAAAUGUUCUAUUUUUAUAACUGUUAAUCCAAUGCCUUUAUUCCAUUUGAGAGCUGUGUACAUGAAACUGCAUGGUCUGAGCUGUGCCUACCUUUAAUCUGGAGCUUUUUUUUUUUUCGCCCCAUUUUCUAGUUUGUCCCAGCAGUAAUAAAAGAAAAGUUUGAUUUACCUAA